AUGUCUUCAACACCAAGCAAUCCUCCCGCGAGCGACGAACAUGCGCAAAAGCAGAUCCAGGAUCGAUCCGGUGUUCUGACUGUUUGCUUGCACGAAGCCGUCGGUCUGUCCCUUCCGGAGCAUUACAAGCAACUGCUCAACGAGCGUAACGAUCAAUUCAGAAGCGACCCUGGCCCAAAAUUUAUCAACAAAUCGGAUGUUUCAUUCGUAAGCUCGAUCUCUCAUGACAGCGAGCACAAGACGAGUGGAUACAAGAGACAUCCAGUUUAUGCCCUUAUUGAUGUCGAUAAGUCUCAGGUGCUUGUCCCCGCCUCUUCCGGGACGGUACAGAAUCCCUUAUGGACUGGCUUUUCGCCGAGAUUCGAUGUUACGCACUCGAUGGAAUUAUCAGUCCAUCUUUACUUGAGGAAUGAAUUCUCUACGUCAGACUCCGGGAGAAUCCAUGAUAUAUGCCUUGGUGUAGCGCGAUUUAGUCCCACGUUCGAAAGCGGCCACGAUGAGGUUGAGGAUCCUGAUAUAACACAUUUGGCAAUUACCGAACUCGGUCACAAAAGCAAGGUUUCGCAUCAAAAGUGGUUGGAACUUGAACGCGGCACUGGAAGGAUCCACUUGAGCGUCGAUUUUCAAGAGAAGAAGACACAUCUGCAGAUACAGGAUUUUAACACAUUGAAGACCCUGGGAAAUGAAUACCGCAAAAGUACCUUCCAAGUCUACAAGAAAUACAGCGGAGGGCUUUACUACGCAUUGAAGAGGAUUGAGAAAACCGAAUGCUUAUACUUGGUGUCGCCAUUCGUUCAUGGAGGAGAGUUAUGGAAGCUUCUUCAGAAGCAGCAGCAUCUCGAUGUGGACACGAUCAGACUCUACGCCGCAGAAAUCAUUCGCGCGUUAGAGUGUUUGCACGAUCUCGGCAUCAUUUGUGGUGAUCUAAAACCACAAAACAUCCUCCUGGACUAUUCGGGCCACGUAUCUCUGUGUGACUUUGGCCUCUGCCGGUUUGAUGCGAGGGAUUGUCUCCAGGAACCUUACGAUUGGGAAGCUCUACCGUAUCUAGCUCCGGAAAUCAGAUUCGGUCAAGCUUGUACGGAGGUGGUGGAUUGGUGGACAUUGGGUAUAUUUCUUGCCGAGAUGUUGUCGGGGCUGCCACCUUCGUGGUAUGACGAGGAUGUCAAUGGGAAGAUCGAAGCAUUCUAUUUUCCUGAUCCCGACGUCGUCUCUCCAGUGGCCCAGGAUAUCUCAAUCAAGCUUUUCAACCGCAACCCCAAAGAACGACUCGGUACGAAAGGCAUCGCUGAAAUCAAAACCCAUCCAUUCUUCUGUGAUAUCGAUUGGUUUAGGGUUCUUCAGCGAGGAUACGAGCCUAGCUUCAGACCCAACAAUGCCCACGUUCUAAGCGACUCGAUGCCGCAAGUAAAUUGCCCACUAUCGUCCGUGGAAGAAUUACAAAGAAUGUCCAACGAAGCAACAGAAACGUUCCAUAACCGUGCUAUCCUCUCAUACCGUGCGGAAAUAAGAUCUUCAAAGUCAGAGCACAUUGCUUGA